AUGCUCUUCUACCUUUUUGAGGCAACAGAGCACAGUCUGUGCGUUUUUAUUGAUGCUCUUGAAGAGAUCUGUAGCUCAGAUGGUGUUUCAAAGCUUACAAAGUUGAUCGAUGAUAUUCUAGUCUUUCCUGAUAUCAAGAUCUGCGUCACCGGUUGUCCGGAGACUCUGACUGUCUAUUGGCUCAAGAGGCAAUCUGCCUCCAAUAUCUCGCUGGGGAAUCUCACACGCCCUGAGAUGAGUAUCUAUGUACGAAAGAGCCUGAAGCCAUUUCGAGUCCAAAACAUGAUUUCUCGCAAUACGUUCUUUGAAAUACUAUACGUGCUGAUUGAUAAGGCUCAGGGCGUAUUCUUGUGGGUUCAUCUGUCUUUAAGGAACCUGAAAAUCGGGAUCGAAAGCGGUGACACGGAUACUAUGCUCAUCAAACGACUAAAAGGACUCCCCGGCGACCUAGAAAAUCUUUAUGCUAGUCCAUGGCUGCACCUAAACAUUGAUAGCCCAGUAUACCGUGAUAUUGCCAUCAGAUACUUUCGAUACGCUCUUCAAAAGACGCCAGGAACGCUUCUUUGCGAGUCGAUGGAGAACCCAAAUGUCCUUGAGCAUGCCACAAUUACUCAGCCUACGUUAGGACAGAUCAUGUGUGCAGAGACGCCGGAGUUGAGGAAUGCCAUCCUCCGGCGAGGGAGUAGGCUAGACGCGGUUACCAUAAGUCGCGAUUGCACGAAGAUCAAACGAGCCCUCGAGACGAAGUGUGCGGGGAUGUUGGAGGUGAGACCGGCUAUCACGCUCUUUGGCCGACGUCUUGUGCCAAAGGAUGAGUCCAGUUUGAUGUGGUGGCGCGUCGACUUCAUCCACCGCACCGCUCAUGUCUUCUUGACCGAUACGGAGAUUGGCCAUACCAUUAUGCAAGGUCACAAUACCCCUCAACUUGAAACAGCUACAAAGUUACUGGAAGGCCUUCUUGCUAUCUUUUGUUUUCUUCACUCCCAGAAAGGACUGCCAGGACCGGCCCUCGGACUACUGAACCAGGUCAAUGAGUUGGCUGAGGAUCAUGGCAUCCAAGGGGUUCGAGAAGCUAUUUCUAUGUUGCCACUGGUUGAGGAGAUGUACAGGAAUGACAUUAUAGGUGACAGCCAUUGGUAUAUGCCCAAACCGCAGUUUCUAAGCCUCCUAGCUCGAGACACCAACUUUCAUAGUUUCGUACUGUCUGCCAUAAAGUCAUCGCCUUCAGAGCCCUCCCCUACAGACGUUCUGAGAGAUUUCCUUCCGGAGCUUCGCACCCAAAUAAGAUUCGCUAGCCGAGACAGCACCGCCAUUUGGUUUGGCUUUAUGCAACAACUCGUGGCAAUGGGUGCUAGCUUAUAUACCAAUGAAUUAAAUCGGCAUUCUUCACAUAGCACGGCUGUACUGGGCGAACCAUUCGUUUGUAUCAGUACGAAUUUUGUUAGUCUACCGGAGACUGGAUUGUUGUUAUCAAAUCCCCUCUAUGGAAACACGCUCGCUUCCCCAGUCCGAAAAUCUCUUCGCCUCCUGACCAACUACGCUUUAACCUUGGCAGAAACCUGCCCUGAUCUUGUUAGACCACUGCUUGUUCGUAUCACAGUGGAAAGACUGGUGGGCGACAUCGAUUUUGUUGAGUAG